AUGGCGGAGACGACGAAGGUGAUGUACAUAGUGGUGGUCGACGAUGUGGAUACGGCGGCGAUCGUGGAAGAAGACGGGACCGGAAAUUGGAAAGAUUCGUUUCGGUAUACGCGUCCGGUUUUGCAGAGUACUCUUCAGCUCAUGGGAUGCAAAGCGCGUCACGCCUUCAAGAUUAGCCGCAGGGUUUUUGAGUUAAUAAGAAGCGAGGGAUCCUUAAUUCUUUCGCCCUCGCAUGGGAAAGAAUCAGUAUUUGAGAAGACAGGGGAUCCUGCUUCGGCUUGUGCUGGUGUACAAAAGUUUAACAAAGCUAACUGUUCAGCUACUGAUGAUGUUGAUAAGAGUAAAAGUAAGCCGUUUGAGAUGUACAAAAGGCGCACAACCGUUGUUGUUUCACGAGAAGUAUUCGUAAAUGUUGUCUGUGAUGCUCUCGCUGAAUAUAAGUAUGUGGGUCAUGACCAAAGGGCAGACUUGAUUCUGGCGUGCAAAAUUCGAGAGAGGAAAGAAUCUGUGACGGUUCUGCUGUGUGGCACUAGUGGCUGUGGCAAAUCUACACUCUCUGCACUUUUGGGAAGCAGGCUGGGGAUUACAACGGUUGUCUCGACUGACUCAAUCCGUCAUAUGAUGAGGAGUUUUGUAGAUGAGAAGCAGGAUCCUUUGCUGUGGGCUUCAACGUACCAUGCUGGAGAGUACCUUGACCCUGUGGCAGUUGCUGAGUCAAAAGCCAGAAGAAGAAGAGCCAAAAAGUUGGAUGCUUAUGAAAACUCAAUCCUUGACGAUGAAAAAGCAAAUGCCUCUGAAAAGUCCACUAGUUCUCAACAGACGGAUGUGGGAUCAAAAUCAACCGCCCCAGUAUUGCUAAGUCCCAAGCAAAUGGCUGUAGAAGGAUUUAAGGCUCAAAGUGAAAUGGUUAUCGACAAUCUCGAUAGGCUCAUAACCGCAUGGGAAGAACGGAAAGAAUCUGUGGUUAUUGAAGGUGUUCAUCUAAGCCUUAACUUUGUGAUGGGACUGAUGAAAAAGCAUCCUUCGAUUGUUCCUUUCAUGGUGUACAUCUCAAACGAGGAGAAACACUUGGAACGGUUUGCAGUCAGAGCUAAGUACAUGACCUUGGACCCAGAGAAAAACAAGUACGUCAAAUACAUACGCAACAUCAGAACUAUACAAGACUACCUGUGUAAACGAGCUGACAAACAUCUCGUUCCCAAGAUAAACAACACCAAUGUCGAUAAGAGUGUGGCUGCGAUCCACGCGACUGUAUUCAGUUGCAUGCGUAGGCGAGAAGCAGGUGAGCAGCUCUAUGAUGCUACCACGAAUACCGUCUCUGUGAUCGAUGAUGAGUACAGGAACCAGUGUACAGCCAAUUCGUUGAGCUCCAAAGGAAUGUUUCAGCUGAUCCAAAGAAAAGGUUCUUCUAGGCAUCUAAUGGCUCUUCUGAAUACUGAUGGCACUUUCGCAAGAACUUGGCCCGUUACUGGUAAGGUAGAUGAGACCGGAAAGCCCGUCUUUUGCAAUGAGAUAACGGAGGGGAAUGGAAUGGAGCAUCCCAUUUAUGGAUAUCUACAGAAAGCUGAACCGGUGAAUCUUCAGUUUGGUCUAUUUGGGAUCAGUGCUUGGCCUAGUGAUGGAGCCACGAGCCGUGCUGGGAGUGUAGAUGACUUUAGAGCUGACUUGGCUGAAAACGGCAGUAGGCAUUACUCUUCUUGCUGCAGCUCGCCUAGGAUGUCUGAAGGAACGAAAGAGCUUAAGGAGGAGCAGUCCGUGCAUGGUAGCGAUGAAGAAGUCGAGGAUGAUCCUCCUGAGCAAGAUACAGAUUUUAGCGAUGACGAAAGCAAACGAGACCAUGAAGAGGUGGGAUCGGUUGAUGAGCAGUCGACAAAGUCAGAUGAGGAGUACGAUGAUCUUGCAAUGGAAGACAAAAGUUACUGGUCGGAUGACGAGGAAGAGUCGCGAGAUACAGUUGCUGUAAUGUCUGAGAAAAACCACAAGCCGGCAACAAAAGAUGACAAGUACAUACAAAACUUAGACUUGUUCCUUCGGACCGCGAACCAGCAGCUGGUUGAGCCGCUUGAGCUAUGCGCAUCGCUGCUCACGUGCGAGAAUGGAAACACAAGACUCUGGUCGGGUAAAGAAAAGAUGAGGAAGCGUUCUCUAAGUAUCUCGGCCCUCGGAAAACACGGGUCGGGUUUGUGUGAUCCGAUUCUCUUGGGUGCCCCAUGAUCCUUUGCUUUGGUUACUAAUUCCUUAGUUUGUUGUUUCUGGUUUAGUCUUUAGUUUAAGAUUUGUUUGUGUGUGCGUGUGUGUGUAUAGUCUUUUAUGUCUCAAACUUUGGGAUUGUUUAAAGUGCGCUUUUUUUUCUUGCGACUUAAGACUUUAGAUUCUAACUAAGAUCUCAACUUUUAAGACUUGAAUUUAGAUUUCGCUAUAGUCGAGAGUUUCCAAA